GAAAUCACUUCUCCUGGUCAUAGCCCUUGCCCAAAUCAUGGCAUCCUCCCAGAAAAAGCCACAAAAACGCAAGUCUGCUGCAGCAGACUCCCUCGUCCACGUGUCUGUUGGCGACUCGUCUAGAGGGUCAGGCCCCGCUUUUGUCAACUUUCCCUCAGUAAAGCCUUCCAAGAAAAUCCCUUUCACAAUGUAUACCCGAGACGCCGCUACCACUGCCGAUUUGACAAAACAACACACCCUUAUUGCCGGUGAAACAGAAGACGUUGAGUUCUUCAGUACAAAUAGGGACCGAUCCAACAAUCCCGAAGGCGUAGACUGCCAGUAUCUUCCGGCUGUCUAUGACCCAUCAACCCGAACAGUCCACGUACACCCAUCUGCUCCACUCUAUCUCGUCGCCCACCGUGCUAAACGACUUCGUACCGUUCCGCUGACUGUCCCACCCGAUCAAGCUGCUAAGGCUCAAUGGCGUACCCAACGUAACGAUCUUGGUGAAACCUUCGGCACGCGAAAAGCUAAGGCUCAAAUCAAGAGCGAAGAGAAGAACAGAGUUGAUGCAGGUGCUAUGAAGGAUGUUAAGGGUCACUUGAUGGAAAGCAUUGGAGAGCUCGAAGAGGAGAACGACUCAGUCGCUCCUAGCGAGUUUAUCCCGAACCCUAACACUGACACCGCGGAUCCCACCGAAGUCUACACUCGCGAGUCCAUAAUUACUACACAAGAAUGGGCCGCGAUCGAUGCUUCACGUUUGUUGGCGAUCGAGGACGAUAAAGAGAGGGCGAGUGCUCUUCCUUACAAGCGAAGCUCAUGGCUCCAAUACAAGAGUAGAGCAGUGGCCAAUAUCAAGGAUAAGACCGCUCGAAAAACUCAAAUGAAAUAUCUAUACUACCUUUCCUGCCUUUUAACGCUCCUUGAUUUUAGCCCUCGUCUCUCCAAAACUCCCGUCCACAAACUCGCCCCCGCUUUCCCCCAAGUCCCUCGCCAAAUCAUUGACGGCAUGCUGAGUCGUUUUGCGGAGCCUAACGGUCUCAAGCACAAUGUGACAGAAAAGACCAAGACCAAGCUUCUCGUGUGGAUCUGUUUGUUAUAUCUGAUCCUUGAAGGUUAUUCGGUUGAGGUUGCGAAGGUCGCAAAGGAAUUAAAGAUGGAGCCUGCCAAGGUCGCCACUCUCUACAAACAGCUCGGUUGCAACGUUAAGCUUGCCUCUCCUGCUGAGCGUGAAGCACAGGGUAUCACUCUCGCUCAGGCUAACGCAGCUCGUCGUGCUGUCCUCGUUGCCCCUGUCAGAUUCCCCAAGCUCAAACGACGCGGCCCUGUCAAGCGCUGAUCUGGUAUCAGCAUGAAAAGGAUAGUGCGUUACAUGGCGUAUCUGCAUCGAAUCUGCGUUAUGAGUAUAGACUUGGGUAUAUAUGUAUGGUCAUAAAGCAUUAAGCAUCUUUUUUUAGCCGGAAGCUUUUAAAGCCUUACGCUCUCUCUUUAACGGUACUUGAACGCGUUCUGGGACCUGUUGGCCCUCGUUGUGUACGUUGACCUCGAGAUUUCAAUGCCCGAGCCACCUGAACUCUUCGCCCUGCAUCCUGAUUAGAAACAUUUUUUGCCAAUGCUGUCCUUGCGUGCGCUCUCCCUUUGAUUCUAGCCAUCAUUGAGGGUGUGGGAAUACUACUCAUCUGAAGAAUGGCCGCAUCUCUUCUCAUCGCAGCAUCCUCUGCCUCGACACUAUAGCAACUCCUCAUCUUGCCCUGGUAAUUUCUUACGGUGAUGCAGCCUCCUUUUCUUAGAUGAUACGCAGUCUCGGCGUCAAGCCACACAAGCUGGCCCAUCUCCGACGGUUCAUCAGGAUAGGGGACGAGGUUAGAGAGAUGAAGACUUUCGUUCGAAGGACGAUUGAGUAGGGCUGGUGGAAUCAGAUGCUUGCCUACUCGGGGAUCGGAAAAAUGAGGGUUUUGGAUAAUGCGCGGUGUGACAGAGGUGCAAGGGCCGCCGAGCAAUUGAGAGGGGAAGGAAGUUGAAUGGGUUUUGUCGGAGAGGUUGAGCGCGGAUAAACU